CUGUGCAUAACAAGCGAGUGAAUUUGCAUGAGGAGGAGAAAAGUCGUUUAGCGGCGAAGCUAAGGGAGGCCCAGCGCUUAGCCGGCUAAGCUAAACCCCCCAAAACCUUCGGGCUACAAGAAUGGAUAUAAGUUAACGAUGACUGGAGAGAAAAAGAAGAAGAAGCGGCUGAACCGCAGCAUUCUUCUGGCCAAGAAAAUCAUCAUAAAAGACGGAGGCAGUCCGCAGGGGAUUGGGGAGCCCAGUGUUUACCAUGCGGUCGUGGUCAUCUUCCUCGAGUUCUUCGCCUGGGGGCUGCUCACAACUCCGAUGCUCACGGUGUUACACCAGACGUUUCCUCAGCACACGUUCCUGAUGAACGGACUGAUACAUGGAGUCAAGGGCUUGCUGUCGUUCCUCAGCGCUCCACUGAUCGGUGCUCUUUCUGAUGUGUGGGGUCGGAAGUCCUUCCUCCUGCUCACCGUCUUCUUCACCUGCGCCCCCAUCCCCCUCAUGAAGAUCAGCCCGUGGUGGUAUUUUGCUGUGAUCUCCAUGUCCGGAGUGUUUGCGGUCACGUUUUCAGUGAUCUUUGCGUACGUGGCGGACAUCACGCAGGAACAUGAGAGGAGCACGGCGUACGGCCUGGUUUCGGCCACGUUUGCGGCGAGCCUGGUGACGAGUCCAGCGAUCGGGGCGUACCUGUCUCAGGCGUACGGGGACACGCUGGUGGUCAUUCUGGCCACGGCCAUCGCGCUGCUGGACAUCUGCUUCAUCCUGGUGGCCGUGCCCGAGUCUCUGCCGGAGAAGAUGCGCCCGGCCUCCUGGGGGGCUCCGAUCUCCUGGGAGCAGGCCGACCCCUUCGCCUCUCUGCGUAAAGUUGGUCAGGACUCUACAGUGCUGCUGAUCUGUAUUACAGUCUUCCUGUCCUACCUGCCCGAGGCUGGACAGUACUCCAGCUUCUUCCUCUACCUGCGACAGGUCAUCGGGUUCACGUCGGAGACGGUGGCUGCGUUCAUCGCGGUGGUGGGAAUUCUCUCCAUCCUGGCUCAGACGGUGGUUCUGGGUAUCCUGAUGCGCUCCAUAGGCAAUAAGAACACCAUCCUGUUGGGCCUGGGCUUUCAGAUCCUUCAGCUGGCCUGGUACGGCUUCGGCUCCCAGCCAUGGAUGAUGUGGGCGGCCGGAGCUGUAGCUGCAAUGUCCAGCAUCACCUUUCCAGCCAUCAGUGCCAUAGUGUCCCGAAACGCUGACCCGGACCAGCAGGGUGUGGUGCAGGGGAUGAUAACGGGGAUCAGAGGGCUGUGUAACGGACUCGGCCCCGCCCUCUACGGGUUCGUCUUCUACCUGUUCCACGUGGAGCUGAACGAGAUGGACCCUGCGGACAGCCCGGAUAAAGGCGCUAAGCCCAACAUGGCUAACCCCACUGACGAGAGUGCCAUUAUUCCAGGUCCACCAUUCCUAUUCGGCGCAUGCUCUGUUCUGCUCUCCCUGUUGGUGGCGCUCUUCAUCCCAGAGCACAAUGCGCUCAGCCUGCGCCCCGGCGGCUACAAGAAGCACACCAGCAGCUCUCAGGGCCACGCCCACAGCCCUCAGGGCGGAGCCUGCGAGGGAAAGGAGCCACUACUGGAGGACAGCAGCGUAUAACACACACUUACACAAUCACCACAUACAUACAGACAUACGGGACCCACUCCCCACCCCCACCCCCGGCAGGGGUCGCCAUGACGACCAGGCCUACCGCACCGGGGGGGGGCGAACUGACUGGAAGGCCGAAAAGGGGGCGGGGUCAGACCGCAGGUUCCUCCCUCAGCCAAUCACAAGCCCUUCUGGGAGAGAAAAACGGUUUCCAAUGGGAGUGGAUGAUGGCUGCAUUAUGGGAAAUGUAGUCACUCUGAACAGUGAUGAGGACUGUUUGAAGGUUAUUUCUAAGUUGUAUAGGGUUGGUUUUUUCU